GAACUUUAGAGACUUUUCAAAGCCAGCCAGACUGUGAAGAUAUGUGUGUUGAAGGGUCUUUCUGACACCCUCAGGGGUUUGGGUUUUCUCUUUAUUCCCAGUCUGACCAUCCGCGCUCUGUAGAUGUGCACCCUGGACGCCCUAGCCCUGGAGUCUUUACCAGCCUACCGCUGCAGGAUCAUGUGUUAUCAGAUCUACUCUACUGUGACUCUGUGUCUGGUCUACUGGUUCUCUCCAGGUGAUGCCCUAGACAUAGCAGACCUGACUUUGGUGAACCCUGACCCCAUGGUGACAUCAUCAGACUCCUCCCUCCACUGUGUCAGUAGUGACUGGACCUCCCGGCAAGACAGUUCUACCUCCAGCUCCAGCAGUAUCCUGGGUAUGGGCCGUGACUACCCCCUGAACCACCCCCAGAGCCUGCCCGUCCGUCCCGAUACAGCCUACCCCCAUGCCUCCAAGAUUGAGUGGAAGACUCGCAGUGAUAUCUUUGGAGAAUUCUACUGCAGGGCCAAAAAGAGUGAUUCAAAUCAGAUAUACACAUAUAAGAUGCUGAAUGAAGCUGCAUUCCUACCAAAGUCGCUAACCAUCACAGCCAGUAUAGGAGAAGAUGUCAACAUCUGUUUCACUCGCAGGAAAGUGUUCGCAGAGGACGCAGUCAUCUAUAAGAAUGGCUCCUUCAUUCACUCAGUACCUAAGAAUGAGAUCCCAGACAUCCUGGUGUACACCGUCCAAGGAGUGGCGUCUUCAGACGCAGGUCUCUACACAGCCAGGUCCAUCGCUGGAGCCAAGUCCACAUCAGCCAUCACCAGGCUCAUCGUCAGAAAAUGCAAGCCUGGCCUGUGGGGUCCCAGCUGUGAACACAGCUGUCCUCGGUGCUCCAACGGAGGGGUCUGUCAUGAUGAGACAGGAGAGUGUAUCUGUCCACCUGGCUUCAAGGGACAAACCUGUGAAACUGCUUGUCCUCCAGGGUUCUACGGGGCUGGCUGCAGGCUGACGUGUGAGUGUGGUGACAAGGGAAAGUGUGACCGUUUCCGUGGCUGUGUGUGUAAGGGACGACACGGUGCUCGCUGUGAAAGAGAAGACAGGGCACCCGUUGUGGUCAGUAACCUGAUCGAUACAGAGUUGAACGCUGGGACUCACCGCAUCGUCAACUGUAGCGCCACGGGCCAACCAGCACCAUUACAUGGAGAGAUCAUCUUACUCAAACCAGACACAACCAGAAUAUAUGCAUUUGACACUGAUACGGUGGAUGACCAGACCACGUCUACCUUUAGGGUGGAUAAGAUCACGGAGCGAGAUACUGGCCGUUGGAUCUGCCAGGUGAAAACUACAGCAGGGCAGGCGGAGAGAGAGUUCACAGUUAUUGUCCAAGUCCCUCCAAAGCCCCAGAACCCUCCCAUGUUGAACGGCAGUGGUCCACAUCACCUGGUUGUGUUGGUCAAUAAGGAGCCGUAUACAGGAGAUGGACCAGUGACCUCUGUCAAGGUCAUCUACAAGCAGGUCAAUACCUCUGUAUGGAAGACCAUUGAAGUGGUUGGCCCAGUGGUGAAGCUAGAGAACCUGUCUCCGAUGACCCAGUAUACCACCUUCGUCCAGCUGAGUCGCCAUGGCGCCGGAGGGGCGGGGUUUCCCGGGCCAGAGGCCAGCUUCUCCACACAGAUGCUUGAUCACCCACUUCCCUCGGGGGUGAGGCUUGUCCCUGUAUCCCAGACAUCCCUGGGCCUGUCCUGGGACCGUGUCAUUGGGCCUGGGUCUCCCAAGGAAGACUGGACCUUCCAGGUGGAAUGUGUUCCGAGCUCUGACCCUGGGAAUGUGAAGAUUUACCAGCUCCCCUCCAACUUGACAGGCAUCCAGCUGACAGAGCUGAAGCCCAGACACAAGUAUGAGGUCAGGGUGAGGAUGAUGACGGUGUCAGUGGGACAACACAGCCAGCCUGUCUCUGCAUGGACACUCAGCAACGAGUUGCCCCCGGCCCCGUCCAACAUCAGGAGCUGCAACAUCACCGAUACCUCUGCCAUCAUUACCUGGUCUCUGGUCGAGGGUCACUCCAUCUCCAAGGUGAUGCUGCGUUUCCAAGACAACGCCAUGGCCGACUACAGCCAGCUGGCAGAGAUCAACGUUCCGCAGCAGGGGGAGGGGCCAGGGCAGCAGGCAGCCAAUCAGAUGCAGUUCCAGCUACGUGGUCUGAAACCUGACACUCCGUACCUGGUGGAGAUCUGGUCCAAGAACAACAUGGGAGAGAGUCUAGAGAAACCUCAGAUCCCCCUCCGGACCAUGACACUGCAGGAGAGCUCUCGUCUGGCUGGGCUUGGCAGCGAUGGUAACAUGUUGUUCUACGCCAUUCUGGGUUCAGCUGGCAUGACCUGUAUCACCAUCCUACUGGCCUUCUGUAUCGUCCUGCAGCUGAAGAGAGCCACCUUCCAGCGCCGCAUGGUCCAGGCCUUCCAGAAUAUAGUGAGAGAGGAGCCAGUGGUCCAGUUCAGUUCUGGCUCUCUCAACCUACCCAGUAGGAAUUAUAAGAACCCAGAGCAGUCCGUGUCCUACCCCACCCUGGACUGGAACGACAUCAAGUUCCAGGACGUCAUCGGAGAGGGAAACUUUGGCCAGGUGCUCAAAGCUCGCAUCAAGAAGGACGGGCUGAGGAUGGACGCUGCUAUUAAACGAAUGAAAGAGUAUGCCUCUAAAGACGACCACAGGGACUUUGCAGGGGAACUGGAGGUGCUGUGUAAACUGGGACAUCACCCCAACAUCAUCAAUCUACUGGGAGCCUGUGAACACAGAGGCUACCUGUACCUGGCCAUAGAGUUCGCCCCUCACGGUAACCUGUUGGACUUCCUGAGGAAGAGCAGAGUGUUGGAGACUGACCCGGCCUUCGCUAUCGCUAACAGCACCGCCUCCACCCUCACCUCUCAACAGCUGCUCCACUUUGCUGCAGACGUGGCCCGAGGCAUGGACUACCUGGCUCAGAAACAGUUUAUCCACAGAGACCUGGCAGCCAGAAACAUCCUGGUGGGAGACAACUUUGUGGCCAAGAUAGCCGACUUUGGUCUUUCCAGAGGGCAGGAGGUCUAUGUGAAGAAGACGAUGGGACGGUUACCUGUCAGGUGGAUGGCCAUAGAAUCACUGACCUACAGUGUCUACACCACCAACAGUGACGUAUGGUCGUAUGGUGUACUUCUCUGGGAGAUAGUGAGCUUAGGUGGUACUCCGUACUGUGGGAUGACCUGUGCUGAGCUGUAUGAGAAACUCCCUCAAAGCUACCGGCUGGAGAAACCACUCAACUGUGACGAUGAGGUGUAUGACCUGAUGGGUCAGUGCUGGAGGGAAAAGCCCUACAAGAGACCCUCAUUCCAACAGAUACUGGUCUCUCUCAAAAGGAUGCUGGAGGAGAGGAAGACGUACGUCAACACCAGUCUGUAUGAGAAGUUCACCUACGCCGGCAUCGACUGCUCCGCGGAAGAAGCGGGAUGAUUUGCUGCUGAAAACAAAAACGACACGACAAUAUUUCCACCAUGGCGUUGUACACCAAUCAUAAAGCUACAUGGUUGAAACAAUCCUCCACCCGGGGGUUUAAGGACUGGUAUUUUGCGCAUAUUGUGUACUCCAAGUUACGUGCUAACAUUGUACAAUCAUUAACCAACCGGCAAGACUUUCGUCUUGAUGUAAACCUGCAUUAUUGUUGAUGAUUUUUAUGUUGUGAUGAAUGUCCAGGGCACCCUAUUCUCUAUGGGGUCCUGGUUAAAAGUAGUGCACUAUGUAGGGAAUAGGGUGCCAUAGACCAUGGUCAAAAGUAGUGCACUAUGUAGGGAAUA